AAUUCUGAAGGAUAACAGAUUCUAAGACAGCCGACGGGCGAAGAUACCCGGCCGCCCGGCGGCGGCGGCGGCGCUCGCCCAGCCCCGGCCGGAGCGCCCCGGUCAUGUCGGCGAAGCCAAAGACGCCGGGCCACUGAAGAGCCAUGGGCGAGCGUUCCCCUCCGGCUGGCCGGCGGACCCAGCUCAUUUCCUUGCUGGUGCUGGAGCAGCGCGCCCAGGAGGUCACCUUAGACCUGGAGCAGGGGCUCUUGGCGUGGCGGAGCGCGGAGCCGCAGCCGCGCAAGGGGCGAGAGAGCUAUGCUGUGCCCAUUUCUGAGAUCAUUGCUGUCGAAGAAAAAGAAAGGGAAGCGAAACCAUCUUAUCCCGGAAGAUGGCAAAAAAUGGCAAAGCCGCACGCAUUCAUUGUGUAUUACGUAAAGAGGGCGCAGCAUCACCGCUGGCGGUGCAGCGAAGUGACUUUCUGGUGUACUGAUGAACAUCUCUGUAAUCAGUGGAUAUGUAUGCUGAAAGAACUACUUGAUUCACAGACCUCCAGACCAAAGCACUUGCUUGUAUAUAUUAAUCCACAUAGUGGAAAAUUGCAAGGAGAGAGAAUAUAUGAACAAAAAGUGGCUCCGUUGUUUAAUCUGGCUUCCAUCUCCGCUGAUGUUAUAGUCACCGAACAUGCCAAUCAUGCUAAGGAUAACUUACUUGAAGUUCAUCUGGAGAAAUAUGAUGGUGUUGUUUGUGUUGGUGGGGACGGAAUGUUCAGUGAAGUGAUACAUGGUCUAAUUGGAAGAUCUCAGAAGGAUUCAGGCAUAGAUCAAAAUAAUCCCAAAGCACAGUUAGUCCAAUGCAAUAUCAGGAUUGGCAUAAUUCCUGCUGGUUCAACAGAUUGCAUAUGCUAUGCAACAGUUGGCAUCAAUGAUCCAGUGACAUCUGCAUUACAUAUCAUUGUGGGAGAUAAUCAACCUCUGGACAUUUGUUCAGUACAUCGCAAUAAUACAUUUCUGAAAUACUGUGUAUCACUAUUGGGGUAUGGUUUUUAUGGAGAUGUAUUAAAAGACAGUGAAGAGAAGCGCUGGAUGGGUCCUGCCAGAUACGAUUUCUCAGGUUUCAAGACUUUCCUCUCCCAUCAUUGUUAUGAGGGGACAGUAUCCCUCUUACCAGCAGCACAUGCCCUGGGUUCUCCAAGAGAUAAGAAACCCUGCAGAACUGGGUGCCGUGUUUGCAAGCAAAGUAAACUACAGCUGGAGAAAGAACAGAAGAAGAAGGAAAAGGAGAUUAAAAGGGAUGAGGAAGGAGAAUGGAAGGUUAUUAGAGGGAAGUUUCUAGCCAUCAAUGCUGUAAAUAUUAGUUGUGCCUGUCCACGGAGUCCUAAAGGCCUUUCACCAGCUGCUCACCUGGCAGAUGGCUCUGCAGACCUCAUUCUAGUUCAUAAAUGCUCCCGGUUCAAUUUUCUAAGGUACCUCUUAAGGCAUACAAACCACCAUGAUCAGUUUGACUUCAGCUUUGUGGAGGUUUAUCGGAUUAAACAGUUUCGCUUUACAUCAAAGCACCUUGAUGACGGUGACAAUGACGACCAGGAUACACGGAAAAAGCACUUUGGUCAGUUCUGUAGAGACCACCCAGCUUGCUGUUGCCUCCCUCCCAGCAGUACCUGGAACUGUGAUGGAGAAACCCUGGAUUGUUCCACUGUUGAAGUCAAGGUUCACUGCCAAUUAAUUAAACUCUUUGCAAGAGGAAUAGAAAAAAAUCUCAAACCUGAAUCAACUUACAAGCAACUUACCUGAGCAAUUAAUUUAAGUCAACAUUCCAAAAACAUGAAGUAAAAGAAGGCAACAUACAGACAAACAAGCAUUUCAAGCAUGUUAAUAAAUGUUUUUAAACUUGAUACAUUUUUCCGGUCAAAUUUUAAUUUUGGAUUGAUUUCUUUUCAAUUAAUGUCUUCAAAGAUGGUGGAUUAUUUUAAAUUAUUUUAACGUAGAGCAGGGAAGGAGGUUUUUGGCUGAUACUUGCUUUCUUUGUUACAAAAGUAUUCUGUGGUCCCUUGUAGUAAUAACUAGACAAUGCAACUUGAUGACAUUACUUUGGCCUUGAAAAUAAGUCUACAAAAGUAAGUAGAUUAACUUGCUGAAAGUUUGUCUGCUGUGUUUCUAAGCUAGAUGCUCCUUCUCUUAGGUCAGGAUAGAAAAACAGAUUAUUAUUAUUAUUUAAUAUAGCCGCCCACUCCAGUAAGUAAUGGGCAAAUUCUUUUAUUUUUUUUAAAUGGUUUCUGCCAAGCAAGAAAACUAGAAGCUUAGAGCCAGUGGCACAGUUCCAUUCAUCUCCUUUCAGUACAGUAUCAAGAGUGGAUUGGUGAAAGAGAAAUGGAAAAGUUUGUUUCUCAAUCUUGGCAGCUCUAAGAUGUGUGGACUUCAUCUCCCAGAAUUCCCCAGGCAGCAUGUAACUUGUUUCAUGCACACUACUAUUGCUACUGGACAGAACUGCCUCGUUAUUUUUACCAAUUGGUAGGCUAGUUACCUUUUUUAAUUUAAUAUUGUUACAUUUCUUUGGAACCCAUUUAAAUGAACACAGUAUUUAUACAGGAGAUCACUUUCUCUGAAAGGAAAAAAAAAUCUGGAUAUAACUGAAUAUCAGUUCAGGUUUCAGGUGGGUAAUCAAUUGCAUGUUUAAAUUAAUCCCCUGCUAAAACAGUGUUCUUUAUAUCUAGCAUGUAUAAGAAAAAUAAAAAAAAAUAGACUACCUCCCUGAUAUCCUAGGCUUCUACCUGCACACAGAGCAUUUGAUUCUACAUCUCUAGCCUGAAGGGUAUUGUCAAGUAAACCCCCUCGGUUUUGCUGAUAAACAAACUGGCCAGAAAGUGCUAGUAUCACCUUUUACAUGGUUUUGUAAUGACCAAACAAUAUUUAAAUGCUUAGACUGAGUCUAAUAGCUGGUUAAAAAACUACUGAAUUCAUAUAGAAUUUAACAGAUGGAUACUAUAUUUAUUUUGAUAUUCUGGAUUGGUACAUGAUAUUGUGGAGUGAAACUGCCACUGGUAUAAUCCUAAGUCCUCUUUGCAAGGGAGUUUGUGUUACAGAAGGAAAAAUAGGACUUCUGCACAGGGGCCCACAAAGAUAAUGAAAAUAUAUUCAUACCCUUUGUAGAAGUUUUAUAUAUUAUUUGGACCAAACUUUGCUUUGUUCUGCUGUCUUUGAAAUUGUAUAGCUGAGAGGUCUGUUUUGAAUAAUUAUUUUUUUAUUUUUCUUCUAUGUGUUUGUUUUUCUUGAGAAUGCUCCAUUCUUCUGUUCCCCCACCCCCUCAGUGGAUUUAAAAGGAAGCAAGUACUGUUGAAUUCAGUGGGAGCUGAUUUCCAUAUAAAUGUAUAAUAUUCAUUGUGAGAAUUGUAGGAUUCCUUGUAUUUUCUUAGAUGUCUAUAAUAUCCAGUUAACAUAAAUGUAAUGUUUGAUAAUAAGUCAUUGUUCCAUUACUGUACACAUCAGUAAUGGUAAACAAGUGUAGUGAACAUAUUUCUACAAUCCUCCAUAGGUUAGUUCAGUAAUUUGGGAUACAGCAGCCAGUUAUUUCAAUGAAAUGUUUCUCAUGAACAAUAUCCACUGGUUACCUUCCUGGGUCCCCAACCCACCCCAAAAUUAAUUGCUUGGAAAUUGGUCCUGCUGAGAUUAUAUUUAGCUGCUAGACAUGUGAAUAGACAACUAAGUGAUUGCCACCAAAAACAUCUGUAUAACUCAAAAUUGUGUCAUUGCUGAAUUAUUAUUUCUUUUGCCAACUUUGGUUCUACUCCAAUGCUCCCAAGUUAUUUUCCAUUCAGUUAAAUGAAGGAAGUAUCUUUGUUGGAUAUUUCUUUGUACCUAAUGCUUCCUUUACUGGAAAUUCAAUGAAAUGGAGACCUAGUUUUUGAAUCAUUUUUAAUGUACACUUGCUUAAGUUUCCCAGAUAUGUUUGUAACUCUAACUCUAGUUUAUGGUCUUCAGCAGUAUGAUCUACCCUUUCAACAUCAAUAUUGGCUUGAGUAAAAGAAAAGGGUUCUGUUCUCUUUAACAUGUUUUAGGAUAGGUUUAAUAUUGAUUGGUAUCCCAACAAUUCAAAAAAGCCAGGUAAAUAGCAGGGUUAUUUUGCCAGCAAAGGGAUGAAUUGUGUAGUGACAAGUAUUUGCUGGGAAAUGUUCCAAGAACAGGAACAAAUAAAAAAGUAUGACUAUUCCAAAUUUUCAAUAAUCAAGUUUUGAAACAGAAUCAGUAACGUUAAAAAAAAAAACCUCAGUAAACAAGCUGUUUAAAGGUUGGCUUGUAGUAAUUUUACAAUUAUAAGAUUAGCAUGAGGUAAUCUGCUUAAAUAGCUUUCUGCCUUCCCUGGGGUGAGGGCACUGUUAUAUAGACAAUUUUAUUAGGACUGAUCAACAUAUCAGCUCAAUGUAGUUGACCAGACCUUAUAUUGUUACCAAUAUUCUGUGUCACACAGAACCCAGUUGUAGCUAUAAAAGUGACUUUUCAAAAUCAGAAAACAACGUGACUAUCCAGCACAGUUGCGAACUCAUGCUAAGCAGACAUCGGAGUGAUCACUGUUUCCUCAAACUGUUACAAAGCACAAUUCAUGCUUCAUGUAGUGCAUUAAGUAUUUCUUAUUAUAAAGCAAUUUCUCUCUAUAUAGAAUGCAAUCCUCUGAAUGCUGAUUUGAGAGUAACCUCAUUAAACUAGCUGGGGCUUGGUGCUUAGAAAAUGUACAAAGAGGUAUUCUAUCUGACUUCUUAAAGCUUAGUUUAAAAGUACAAUCAGCAUUCUUAACAUGCCUAUGUUUGGUGGAGAGCUCCAUGUUGCUGUGGGGAUGAAUUUAUCAGUCUUGCUGGUUUCAAGAUUGAAAUGCAACUUUGUUUUUAAACUGAAAAAUAUUUCUGGAAAUAAAAUUAUACUGCAGAUGUCA